GUUGUAACUUUGAGAAGAGGUACUCGCAGCCGAUGUCAUAGGUUACUUUGCUUUGGGCGCUGGCUUGGAUAGACAGUGACCAUGUCAUCGCAACAAGGACAGCCGGCCGUGAGCUUCAACGCUCUAAGACCUGCAACGUGGGGCAGCCUCAAGCUUUUACCACAGGCGUUGAAAAGCAAGCUUACCGGCACAAAGGGAGCUGAUGACAAUAGUCGAGUGCCCUUGGCAGGCAAGGAAAAUGCCUUCCAGUACCCUACGCCACCAGCAGCACCACCGAAAAUAGCCGAUAUAUCACACCUGCAAUCCAUUGGUCCCAGGCGCAACGUGAGCCAGCGGUACGCUCUUCAGCCGAACCUCAAUGUCAAUCGGCAGGCGGCACCCGCCGCUCAAGGAGCUUCGGGGCUCAGCGGGCUGCUGCUGCCCACAGGGCAAGGCUCCCAUCACCAUCAACUCAACCCCCAGCCUUCUCAGCAGCAGCGAUCCGCCACACCAACUAGUCCCACCACACGGGGUCGCGUGCCUCUUGGCUUCGCACAGGUUAACCCCAUCUUCUCAUCCUCACAGUCUAAUGUCUCAACGCGCUUGCCUACACCAGUGCGCAUCAACUCGGCCUCGCCCUCGUCAAGCAGCACAAACCCAGCCCCUGCCCUCCCAAGGCCGCCUACUCCUUCUCGCAUCCGGAUGGCCAAUACUCCAGGAUCCGCUGGCUCCUCGCCCAUCUUUGCCAACGCCAGCACAAGUGGCUUCACGCUCCCCGUCCCUCCCGCCCUCCUUCCCAGCAAGCCCCUGCCAUGGGUGCCGCCAGCCCUGGGUCAAAGCCAAAGCCAAAAUCAGCAGCAGCCAGCAGCCACCACAGCCCCGCCGCGGCCACCACCGGCGCCUGCCCAGGAGCGCUCCAUCCUGGCAUCCAUCCAGCUGCCGUCUCAGCAACAGCAACACCAGCACCAACGCGCCGCAGCGCCUGCGCCUUCCAUUCAGCACCAUGCACAGCCUGCAGCCACCGCAGCAGACGCCGCGUCCGCCGCCUCUCCAGUCGCCGCCAGCGUGCCCGCCAUCCAAGCCGCGCUGCAGCAGGCACUGCAGGCGGCCAUGGAGCGCAAGCCGGAGGUGUUCCAGGUGGACAACUUUGAGCGGCUGUUUGACAGCAUGAUGCACCCCGGCACCGCCAGCAAGCUGGACGGCCCCCUCCCGCAUGAGCUACCAGAGGACAUUCGCUACAGCGACAAAUGGCACUCGCACUGCCGCGACUGGAACAGCCAGAACAAGCCGGCGGUGCCGUACGUGGUUCCGGCUUCAAUAACGCAGGCGAAUGCUGUGGACACGGCUUCGGUGCCCGACCAGCAGCAGCAACCGGAGGUGCUGACGAUCCUGGAUACCGCCGGCACGGGCGCCAUUGCGUCCACAUCAGCUCCUCCCAACGCCGCCACUGCAGCUGCCGUUGCCACCGCAACCAGCCCUCAACAACAAGCCCUCCAGAUGUCACAAGAGGCUGUUGCCGCUACACCCAACGCCGCCGUGGCCACUGCAGUCUGCAGCAGCUGGCUGGAGUUUGCAGAGCCCGCAGCGACCGAGCCACUAGCAGAGGCCCCGUCACCUUCACCUCCUACAUCAGCAGACGCCCAGCCCACUGCAACCAUGCGCAAGGCUACUGGUCUGCGGGUCGUGGUCGACGGCCUCGACAUGGCAGCCCUUGUGCCCACCGCUGCCGAAGCCUCCAUCACGCCCACUCCGCCUCGCAGCAGCGCUCGGGCGCCGCCUAGCACCGCCACCAACACCCCCACGCCUGGUCCUAGGACGCCGGGCGGCGGCGCCUACUCCAUCGCCAGCACCGCGGCGACUACGCCGGCUGCUGCAGCGUCGCACACCGCAGCCAACACGCCCACCAGCGGAGGCGGCGGUGUUGGAGCCUGGCUGGCCUCGGCGGAUCCGUUUGGAGACUCGGCGUUCUCCGAGGCUGAAGGCAUGGUUGCGUCUGCAGCAGCGAGCUGCGCCUCGGUUCCCAACAGCGCUAGCGUUGCUGUGGCUGCCCCUGCUGCGGCUGCUUCUGCAACAACGGAACCUGAGACGGAUGUCCUGUUGUCCAUGCCGCCGCGGUCCGCGCUGUCUCGCAGCUCCGUGCAUGCAGAGCGCGACCGGGCGCCAUUGCUACAGCGGCCGCCAGUGGCGGCGCGUUCUUCGACUGCUAGCGUUCCCAGCGCAGUCGCCGCAGCUGCUCCAGUUGAGACUUGGUCUCCUAACUUCUCACCGAUAGCCCCUGUAGCGGCUCCGCGUCCGCAGCCGUCCGUGGCCGCGCCAUCCUCUGGCAGUGCUAUUCGGCCGCCCUCGCCGAUCACGCUGCUGCACACCAUUCCAAGAGACGCUCCGACGCCAAUCCCUGCCUUCUUCAGUAGCGGAACGGCAACUGCUAACGCAUCCGGCCCCGCGGGUCUGGCGGCUGCUGUGACCGCCAUUGCGGACCCAAGCAGCGCGCCUGUACGGGACCCAGCGGGCCCUUCAACAUCAACUGCACCGCCGGCUGCAGACCCUCUGAAGGAAAUCGUGGUGGGCAUUGAGAAGCUCUCCACAUUGAAGCAAAACAUCCUGGCGGAGGACAAGGAGGUGGACGUAGCCAGCAUCACGCAGAUGAUUCAACUCAAGAUGGCGGUGGAGCAGCUGUUGAAGCGCACCAACACCGCCGCGCAGGCCGUGGUGUCGGCGGUGGUACCCUCCUCCACCGCGUCCGGCCAGGCCGCCGCCACCGCAGCAGCCGCGGCGCCGACAGGUGAACAGCAGGUUGGCACCCCGAAGAAGAAGUCUGCCACCUUUGGCGCGUUCAUCAAAAACAUGUUUUCCCCCAAGUCCAAUUCUGCAAGCAAGGCACAAGCUGCCGCUGCUGCCACCGCAGCAGCUGCUGCCCCCAUGCCAAGCAUUGCCGCGCCCGCGCCUGGAUCGGCGUCAAAGCGGUUUUUCGGCGCCAAUGUUACCAGCCUCCUCAACUCCAGUGCAGCUGCUGCGCCAACGGCUGCCGUACCAGCAUCGCCUGUUGCGCAGCGUGCUAGCAGCGCGGCCGGCUUCCUCGGAGCUCGCCCGUCCUCAGCGUCAGCGCUGCCUCGGCGAGCGGCGUCCCCUAGCCCUGCGGAUAGAAGUCGGUACGCGACGUUGCAUCAGAAGGCCGCUGCGAGGCUAGCAGAGGCCGCCGCUGAGCCGGGAGGCGCACGGUCCAUCCUUGCCUCAGCUGGCGCCCCAGCGGCUGGUCCGCUCUACAACCAGCAGCACCAACAACCGCAGCAGCAGCCGCAGCGCGGGGACCUGUUGCGACGGUACGAGGAGAAAAUUGCCGUACACCGGCACCAGCUGGACGCCACCAAGUCGCAGCUGGACGAGGCGUUGCGCAAGCUGAAUGACAUGCAGACCGAGUUCGACGAGCUGCUGCUGUGCCUGGGAAUGGAAUCCGCCAAGAACCAAGCACUCUGCGAGGCCAUGCGCGCCGCUGGUCUAGAUCCAGAA